CUGAUAUUUAUCAUCUAUACGGAAGUACAUACUUAUCACUUUGGAAGAAGAAAAAGUCGGAAUAUCAAAAAAAUUUAAACCUUAUUUUAGAGAAUAAAAGUAGAGUUGCUGUGGCUGUUAUAUCAAACUGCCAUACCAUGCAUGGAGCUAACGUUCGUUUACAAUUUGUACGAGAUAUCAAAUCUGAAGGGAUGAAUUUACACACCUUGGGUGGAUGCUUCAAAUUUCCAACUUUUCCGAAAUUAGAAAAAAAGAAGUUUGCUGAUCUAUUAAAAACUUACAAAUUUUAUUUCGCGUUUGAAAACUCUUAUCACUGUCGAGAUUACAUAACAGAAAAGUUUUUUGUAAAUGGACUAGAUGCAAGCGCAAUACCAAUUGUAUGGGGAGCAACAAAACAAGACUAUGACGCAAUAGCUCCUCCUGGAUCUUAUAUAUACGCAGACGAUUUUUCUACAGUGAAAGAACUCACUAACUACAUUAAUUACCUCGAUAAAAACGACACAGCAUAUCUGGAAUAUUUUAAAUGGUACCAGAUGCCAUUGGAAAAACUGACAGAAUAUGGACGGCAGAUACGAUACCGUCAAUUAUGUCGUAUUUUACACGGAAUAAAUGUAGAUGACAUGUUUAAUCCGAAUUACAACGAGUCGACAUACGAAAGACUUUUAAUAUCAGAUAAAAUAUAUCCUCGUUCUGUAAAAUCUCUAUACAAUUGGUACUACAAAACUGAAUACAAAGAUUGCUUGAAAUCACCAUCAAGAUUUUACAGAGAUAAUGUAUCAUUAGCUGCAAAGACAUUAGCAAAACGAACAUGAUUGUCACAGUUUUCUACUUUUCAACAAUCAUGCGGUAUAUAAAGCAGAACUUGGAAGUUUCUAAAUUACUUACUAAAGCUUGCAAAAUUAUGGCUGCAUAUGGUAUCUUCGCCUUCCCAAAAAAGAUCUUGUUUCCAAAUUUUAUUCUGUUCAAAAAUUUGAAACACGUAUAUUUCAAAGUUUGAUUACUAA